CUCGAGCACGCCCUGUGAAUGCGAUCGUGGCAAAAUUCGAUUUGUUGUGUUUUAUCAGCCAAAAAUGUUCACAAAAACAAGCAGGGAUUGUGACACGUAAUGAUGAAAAUUUCAGGUCCAAGCGCAAUAAUGACUCGAUAGAUAGCCUGAAAGCAUGGCGCACCGACUGGACGAACAAGCAUGCAGGCAGGCACUUGGGCCCAGUCAUCUGUGAAAUCUCAACGUAUCACUGCGAAACGGAUCCCGUCCUUCUCUUCAGUUUCUAGUGUAUGGUAGAAUGCAUUCGUUGAAUUAAUGCAUCACUUUUAACGUUACCCGAAAAUCUCCAGCCAUGCCAGCAGACCGGCGUGCAGCCCUCCAGCUCGGACUGCUGCUGUUGGCAGUCCCUGCCCAAUAUUUUGUGUCCAAGUUUUUCUCCACCCCAGAAGCUCAACGUAGUCAAAGUGUAAAAAUAUUGUUAAGUAAUGCCCUUGGCUUCAAGAACAGAUACUUAUCCUGGAACUCAUGGCAAAAAUGGUGUUACGAACUUAUAGGCAGUUUAAACAAGAAGAAGAAUGUGUUGUUCACAGGCCAGGACAACCCACAGGGCGAGUCCCCGGCCGUGGAAGUCUUCAAGUAUAGGGACCCUAAAGGCUAUUUUUCUCAAUCUACCGAGCCAAGGAGUCCGCGGCCUGCCAAUGUCAAGUACAGAGUGGGACAGGUUAUACGACACAAGAUCUGGGGCUACAGGGGUAUAAUAGUAGGCUGGGACCAUCAAGCUCGGGCUCCAGAGAGUUGGAUAAAGCAGAUGCAUGGGAAGGGGAAAGGGCACUAUCGGACUCAGCCAAACUACUCCAUUCUGGUCGACACUCGCGACCGUAUUUCACCCCAGACCACAUAUGUCCCUCAGGAAAACUUAGAAGUUAUUGUACAUAUGCAGGUAAUCCAUCCAGAUAUAGACAACUACUUUGAGAACUUUGAUGGAGCCCAAUAUAUUGCAAGGCCCUUCCUAAAGGCCAUCUAUCCCAAUGACUAGCUCCUGCUGCCAAACAACCUAAAGUCUCCCAGUGUAACAAGAAUGCAAGUUUAAUUUCCUGGACUGUAGAAAUGUUAUUUAUGUUUCAACGGGUUGGUACCUUGUAGUAUGCAACAGAUUUCGAGUAUGUCCUGGAUUGACAUGCUGUAGACACAAGCAUUACUUACUGUUGAGAUGUGUGGGAGUGAAAUAACCUUGGGCGAAGAAUUUUGCCGAAACUAGGUCUGUUUGUGAAUACAGUAGAACAUGGGUAUUACGAACCACAAGGGACCAGAGAAAUCAGUUCAUAAUAUACGUUGUUCGUUAUAUACAUUUUCGCUCGGAAACGUCCGCCAUCUUGGAUAAAACAAAACACAAUAUACGUAAUUGCAGCAUCGACUUGUAUUACCAAUGAUCACUUCAUAGCAUUCAGUUAAUAACAUUUCAUAAUAUUUUCUUAACAUUAAAUUCAUAACAUUUUAAAAACCUUGUUUAUCAGAUAUGUAUUCAGCAUUACACGAUUUAUAUAUGGGGAGAUGUGUAGUCGGUAAUUUUGCUCGGUUUGCUGACUGCAUUCGUGAAACUGCAAAGGUUUAAUGUUUGUUUUUACAGACAAGAUUAGUCCAAUUACAUGUACAGGGUAAGAUUAACAUUAAGCAAGUUUAACAAGGUUGAAUCGUCACUGCUUAUUUUGUUGAUUCGCCACGAUUGUGUUAAUUCGCCGCUGAUUGUGUGUAGUCAGUUGUCAGUGACACUUGACACUGAGUUAGAUUUCUAAGUUCGCUAUACAUGUCACUAAUAAGUGGUAUUUGGUCUUGUCGAGGAUCCGAUAUCAGUUCGCUGUAUACAUAAGUUCGCUGUAGAGAGUUCGUUAUGUACGUAAAUUUUGUUUGAUAAUAUAUAGGAGAAAAAGAAGGGAUUUUGUAACAGUUUGUUGUAUCUGUUCAGAGUUCACCCUAUCCGUGUUUUUAUAUCCAUGUUCUGCUGUAUGUCAAUAUUAGCUGUAUGUUGUUCAUAUUGAGAUGAUGCUGAUGUGUUGUUGUAGGGGUACAGAAGCUGAUUGGGUCACCUGCUUUGCCAUUAAAAUGUACCCUGGUACAAAAUUAUGUAUUGGGUUGUACCCAGCUUUUCGUUGUAUCGUUUUGUACCCAGACCUUAUCUAUGUGUCCCUCAAUUUUGGAUAGCCUGUGUCAUAAAUGUAUCCUUGAUCAGUUUACGGCAUUCAACAACAUGGCUGCUACCCUCUCACCAAAAUUGCCCAAGAAAAUUCUGUGUAUUUAAACAUAGUUUCACAACGUUUUCAUAGGAUAAGUUAUUGUGAUUUUAUGCACAGGAGACAAUAUACACUGUGGCACAUGUCUACUGGUUUAUUUAUUAUCAGUUAUUUCUAAAAAAUGUCUACAGCAAGAUAAAAUAAUAUGAUAUAUAUUACCUUGCUGCUAUACAAGAGUGAGUGAGUGAGUGAGUUGGGUUUAACGCCGCUUUUAACAGUAUUCCAGUUAUAUCGCGGCGUGUCAGCUUAAUGUGGGAGGAAAGCCCCAAGUGAUGCAGGUCUCUGACGUUUACCACUUCGGUGAAACCCACGAGCACGGGUAUGGUGCUGACAAACCUAGAAACAUAAUCGGGACGAACCGGGAUUCGAACCCACAAUCAUAGGUUUCUGGCGUGCCCAAGGGACGCAACUCUGCACAGCGAAUCGCGGCGCCUUAGACGACUGGGCCACCCAUGCCCCCGCUGCUAUACCAGAACAAAACUACACUUAGAUAUGGUCUUGGUACAAAAGGAUUUGGCAACGAAAAUCUUGGUACAUCGCGAUGUAUCAUUUUGUACCCAGGCUCCAUUACAGAGUGAUCAAGGACCCUAUUAGCUGUAGUACAGGGCUGUACCCCAAUUAACUGUACAGAUAUGUACCCAUGUUGAUACAGAAAUGUACCCUCGCUGACCUAUGCAUUGCACAGAAGUGACUGGGCGAGUCAAAUAAACAUCUUAAACAGGA